AUGUCAGCGCCAUAUUUUCUGGGUCUAGACGCUUCCACUCAAUCUCUCAAAGCGUCGUUGCUGUCUGUCAACCUCGAUGUGGUGUCGGAAUGCAGCAUCCACUUUGACACGGAUUUACCGCAUUACCGGACAAGUGGAGGGGUAUUGUUUGGCCAAGAUGGAGAGGUCCACUCUCCCGUGAUGAUGUUGGUCGAAGCUAUGGAUUUGCUGUUUGAGAAGAUCAAGCGAUGGGACGUGGGAAAGAUCAAAGGGGUCGCUGCAGCUGGUCAGACCCUCGCUUCUCUCAAUUCAUCCUCGCCCCUGUUGCCCCAAUUUGCCGACGCAUUCUCCCGCUCCAUCAUCCCAAACUGGCAAGAUUCCUCAACUACACAAGAAUGUCAAGCUCUCGAGAAAGCUGUUGGGGGUCCAGACGCCCUCGCUCAACUCACUGGAUCCCGUGCUCACGAACGAUUCACUGGUGCUCAGAUUAUGCGUUUCAAAAAGGUUGAUCCGGAAGCUUACAACGGUACGGAUAGAAUCGGCCUGGUCAGCAGUGCGGUCACCACGCUGCUGUGUCUCGAUGGCGAGGUGAAAGGGAUCGACGAGAGUGAUGCUUGUGGAAUGAACCUAUGGACAAUGAAUAGGAAGGAAAGGGGAUGGAACGAGAAGCUGUUGGAGGAGAUUGCUGGGGCCGAUGCAGAGGAACUCGCUCGAAAGCUUGGAAACGUGGAGACGGAUGGCGGGAGGGUAGUUGGAAACAUUGGUCGUUGGUAUGUGGAAAGAUACGGCUUUGACCCGGAAUGCCUGGUGUUCCCCGGUACAGGAGACAACCCUGCGACUUUCUUAAGUCUUACCCACGGAUCUCUCACCCGACAGCAUGUUAGAGAUCUCUACUUUGACAAGUCAUGGGAGAAAUUCAAUGCGGCGGUGGAAUCUCUACGUCCGAAAACACUCUACAACCUUCCUUCCAGAGCGGCUUUCUGGUGGCUGCUUCCUGACAUCGUGGUAUGUACAGACUACAUGUGA